UGUCCCACGUGAAUGACGUCGGCGAGACGUUUCCCAUCAUGGCGGCGGAAGGCAGUGAGGGGAUGAGCGGUAACGGGGAGCUGGACGAGUCCUCAGCCAUGGAGGCUUCUCAGGAUCCUGCCUCGCUUCCGACCGAGAUGGUAGAGAUGUCGGAAGAAAACGGCAGUACGGCCGAGGCCCCCGAACCUCCCGUAGGCCCAAACCCCGAUUCCUUCUCCAUGCCUCCAGCUGCAGAAGACGAAGAGGGAGAAAUACCUGCAGACUUUGAGCGCCUGUGGAAGGCCGCCCACGACAAUCCUCAAGACUUCACCAGCUGGACCGACUUGCUGCAGUACUGCGAGCAAGAGAGUCACGUCACAGCCUCACGCAGAGCGCUAGAGGCCUUCCUCGCUCGCUACCCGCUCUGCUACGGCUACUGGAAGAAAUUCGCUGAUCUGGAGCGCCGCGCUGGAUACAACAACAAAGCAGAGGAGGUGUGUGUUCAGGGUUUGCAGGUAAUCCCUCUGAGCGUAGAUCUGUGGAUCCACUUCAUCAACCUGCUGCUGGGAACACUGGACAUGAACCUGCCCGAGUCGCCCACACGGAUUCGAAGUGUGUUUGAGGACGCGGUUCAUGCAGCAGGUCUGGACUUCCACUCAGACCGACUUUGGGAUCUUUAUAUUGAGUGGGAGAAGGAACAGGGGAACAUGAGGAACGCAACAAGUGUCCUGGACAGAGUCCUCAGAGUCCCCACCCAGCUCUACAACACCCACUACGACAAGUUCAAGGAACACCUCAACAGCCACGAGCCCAAAGACGUUCUCUCACCGGAGGAGUACGAGGAGCUGAGGACGUUGUGCCGUCAGAGUCAGAAGGCAGAGCGUGCUGAACAGGCCCAGGAGGAGGAGGCGGAGAGGCCGCCGGGGGAGGAGGAGCCCGCCACACCCGAGGGCACAGACACAGAGGAAUUGAUGCAGAAGAUCAGGGAACAGGUGCUGAUCCGCAGGGACAAAGUUUACCAGGACAACGAAGGAGAAGUCCGCAAGAGAUGGCACUUUGAAGACGCUAUCAAACGUCCGUACUUCCACGUCAAGCCACUCGACCGCCUCCAGCUGCGGGCCUGGCACUCCUACCUGGACUGGGAGAUCGCUCAGCUGAACAAGGACACCAAAGACCCCAACCAAGAUCCAGACCAGACAGCCACAGAGGGGUCAGAGGUCACAGCCCAACCUCAGGAAGAAUCAGAGGAUGCUGUGGUUGCCCAUGACGACUACAGGGUUCGCAUCUUGUUUGAGCGGUGCCUGAUCGCCUGUGCUCUGUACGAGGAGUUCUGGACCAGGUACACUCAGUACCUGGAGGCGCAGAAUGUGGAUGAGGCUCGGGCUGUUUUCAGGCGAGCGUGUGAGGUUCACCUGACGUACAAACCCAACAUCCACAUGCACUGGGCCACCUUUGAGGAAAGGCAUGGUGACUUAACCGAGGCACGACGAGUACUGGAAGCCCUGGAGAAAACCCUACCAGGAUUGGCGGUGGUCCGUCUUCGCAGGGCGGCUUUAGAGAGACGAGCAGGCCACCUGGAUCAUUCAGAGGCCUUGCUGCGGGAGGCGGUGGCAGAAUCCAAAGAGAAGCCCAUGUUACACGCUUUCUACUCCAUCAAACUGGCUCGUCUGCUGCUGAAACUGGGCAGGAACCCCAGCAGAGCACGCAGGGUUUUACAGGAGGCGCUGGAUAUCAGUCCGGAUAAUGAUAAACUGCACUUGAACCUGUUGGAGUUGGAGGUGUCGGGCGACCCCUGGGCUUCAGCUGAGGCCGUGCAGGAGUGUGUGACGCGAGCCCUGGCAGCUCCCCUCGCCCCACACACCAAGAUCCUCUUCUCACAGAGAGGCCUGCAGUUCGCCGAGGACUACAGCAACUCGAUCCAGAGUGUGCUGACUGUCUAUGAGGAGCAUCAGAAACUGCUGAGGGAGCUGGGUGGAACAAAGAGAGAAGCAGAGAACGGGGACGAGGACUCGGAAAAGCUGAGCAAAAGUGACGACGGCUCCGCUGUUGCUGUGUCUGCACAAGCUCCACCUACCAUGCCACACGUCCCCAUCACCACGCCCCCUCCACCUGUGAUGGGCGCCGACAUGACCGCACAGACCGGCUACGGGGGAUACAGCAGCUGGUACCAGCAACCGCAGUACGGCAGCUACGGUUACCAGAACACCUGGAACUACAACCAGGGUUACUAUCCUCCUAGUUAAAGUGAACAACAGUGACUGUGACACUAAAGAGGCCACAUGAGGCAGUUUGACCCUGAACGAGCUGAACAACAAACUGAAACAUCAAGUUCUGUCAGUCCACCUGCUAAAAAAAAAAAAAAAAACCCAGCAUCCUUUCCGCUCCGUCCGUCCUCUGAGUUACCUCACUGUCCUGGAAUCUGGGGCCGGAGUUGUUUUUAACAUGUCGUGUCAUUUUCAGUGUUGAUUCGGAGGGACAGGUGGAAAGAUAAAAAAACAAAACAAAAAAGGAAUCGCCCAUUCUCAGUACAUCAGUGUCUCUGUUUUAAUCAGAAAUAUUUUUGUAUUUGUUUGCAAGCUUUGCUCCUGUUUUAAAGUCAUCUAAGUUUAUCAAACUUUACAGCUGAUGUAUGACUGACAUUUUUGUACCAUUCCAGAAUAGGCUUUGUUGUUUUUUUUCUAAUGUAUAUAAAGGUGUUUUAUAGUGUGCCACAGCA